UGGCAAAUUUGGGCUUGUCGGAUUUUAGAGCUAACGUGAAUUCAAAAAUUGACAAUAUAAUAAACUAAGUGCAGAUUUAAUUUUUCAUAAUUGUUCUUUUCAUAAAGUUUGUGCUUGUAUGAAUCGAGAUUGAAUGACUGUUAUCGUUUAAGCAUAGUGCUGCAAAGGAAUAUCAAUUGCUGUAGCACUUGAAGUUGUCUGCGAUCAAUGCCAUACGAAGCCAGAUGACGCCUGUAACGGUACUUGCAGCAUCUUCACUUGAAUUCGACUAUUUGUAUAUUUCGCGUGAAGUUUACCCAGUCUCUCCCUAUGUAUUGUCCGUGUGAUUCUAUAUGUAGUUUGUUAGAUGCAAAAUGAACGUGAACGAACUAACACGUGAAUCGAACUCGAUGGACUUGCAAUUAUCAUCAAUUACUAGCUUGGUAAAAUGUGGGAAGGCGAACUACCAAGUCAAAGCGAAUGUCCGCGUGCGCAAGAAGUUUAGCGACGACGAAGAAGAUUCGCCGACAUCGGAUGAUGAAGAGGAAAUGCAGAAGAAAAAGUUUAUUGCUGUUAUGCGCACUCUGCCACACUAUGAGCCCAGCCAGACCUUGUUACAGGCCUUGGAUGUAGAGUUUACCAACGAAAGCUUGGCAAAACAUGACACCACUUUCGGUACAUACCUGCAGACGCAGCUUCUUGACUCGGAGAAUGUGUGCUCAGUGAUGAGCAUACUGCUCGGCAUAGAGGAUGUGUCGACAAUGCAACUGUACGCCCAGCUUAUGCAGCCCAAUGUUCUGCUAAAGAAAGUUCAAAAACAUUGCUUUAGUUUUGCGCUGGGCAAGACGCAAAUCAAUCCAGAGGAAGUUCUUGCGCCCUAUAUGGACGAGGCUGUGCUUAUACCUAAGGCUAGCUUAGAGGCAGCACCUCUGCCUAAGCAGCCCAUCCUAGCGCUGCUACCGCACACACACGAGACUCUGCCAAGAAAAGAUCCAAGGCGCCGUUACGUUGCAAGCUUAGAGCAGGUGACGCGCACCAGCAUCCAUCUGAAAUUCAAACGGGGCGGCUUUCCAGCCGGAGAAUCUGCGCUUGCACAGCGAUACCAUGUGAUCUUGCGUUCGCGCCGUACGCCCUUUCGCUUCAUGUAUCGUGCGAUGCAGCUGCUUCAGGAGAAUCCACAGCUGCGUCGAUAUUUGUUUCCCAUCCAGGGGCUGCAAACAGUGACACCCAAAGUGAUUAAAUUACCAAAUGUGACGCUAUUUAACCAGAGCAUUGCGUCCAACAUGGAGCAACUGCAGGCAGUACAACAUAUCGUUAAUGGCCCCAGCAGCCUAGCGCCCUACAUAGUGUUCGGACCACCUGGCACCGGCAAGACCACAACUAUUGUCGAGGCCAUCCUACAGUUGCGACUUCGACAGCCGAGAAGUCGCAUUCUUGUAACUGCCGGUUCGAAUUCGGCCUGCGACACGAUUGCCUUGAGAAUAUGCGAGUAUUUUGCUAGCAGUGAACGUCUGCAGGCGGCUUUGGUAGAGCGGGCAAAAGAGUCGCGUUUGGUUACAGAGGACGUGGAGCUUGAUCAUCAGCUAAUGCGUCUCUUCUCGCGAUCUGUUUAUGCCAAAGGAUUAAAUGCGGUGGACCCUCUGCUCUUAAAACAUUCUAAUUGCAGAAAACGUGUGUAUGAGCAUUCUAAUGUGAGCAGAUUACGCAAGCAUGGCAUAAUUGUGGCCACACUGUGCACAGUGGGCCGUCUAGUGACCUUAAAUUUGGGAAAGUUUAACUUUUUCACACACAUUUUCAUUGAUGAAGCGGGCGCCUCCACGGAACCCGAGUCGCUUAUUGGAAUAAUGGGAAUUAAGCAGCAGGACGCUUGCCAUGUGAUACUCUCGGGCGAUCACAAGCAGCUCGGCGCAGUUAUUAAGAACAAUCGCGCAGCGCUUUUGGGCCUAAGACACUCGCUAAUGGAGCGUCUGCUGCGCUGCGAACUAUACGCCGUGGAUGCCAAUGGGAAUUAUGAUCACACAUUGCAGACACGACUGCGUCGUAACUAUAGAUCCCAUCCGGAAAUCGUUGGGCUGUAUAACAAGCUGUAUUAUAAUGAUGAACUAAUACCACAGGCGCCGCCGGAACAGGUCAAUCUAGCAGCCAACUGGCGUAUGUUACCCAAUACCGAGUUUCCGAUAAUAUUUCAAGCCACACAUGGCGUGACAACGCGCGAUGACCACUCCACCAGCUCAUACAAUAUGCUAGAGGCUCAGGUGCUUUGCUGGUAUGUGAAGAAUUUGCUCUCUAACGGCCUUGGCGGUGGUAUUCGCGUACAGCAGAAGGACAUUGGCGUCGUGGCACCGUAUGCGGCGCAGUGUAAUUUUAUCAAUCAGCUGCUACGCCGUCAGGGUCACUACAAUGUGGAGGUGGGCAGCGUGGAGAACUAUCAGGGUCGGGAGAAAAAUGUGAUAAUUGCCACGUUUGUGCGUUCCUUUGCCAGCAUAGGUUUCAUGCGUAAUCCGCGUCGAUUGAAUGUGCUUAUCUCGCGUGCUAAGUCCUUGAUGAUACUCAUUGGCAACCCGGUGACGCUACGCUAUCAUCCCGACAUUAGGUACAUCAUCAACCAGUGCAAGUUGCAUGGCAACUAUUUGUUUAAGAAAAAGGACGGACUGCAGCGACCAGAAUUCCUUAAUGAUUUUGUUGAAGAAGAGUUCGAGUAUAAUGAAGAUGAAUUGGAUAACGAAAUGCAGGUUUGGUAUGCCAAGAUGCCCCAAGACAUUCCCGUAGCAUUGUCCAAGUGCCCACAGCAGGCCGCAGUUAUAACGGAUGAUAGCAGCAGCGGCAGCAACUCGGAAACCACUGAAUCGCUUUCCGAAAGCAGCAGCUCGUGUGAUUCUUCUAGCUCCGUCAACUGUCAAUGCACACCACCACCAAAUGCAACGUUGGACGCGCACAUGGCUAAGCUAGCCUUAGGCAGUCCCGAAAAGAUUGUCAUUCGCACCAAUUUCUUAAAGGCGUGCGCAGCCUGCACAUUAGAAACUACCAAGCAAAAACUGCUGCAGCUGCAGUAAGUUAAGCAGAACCGUUUAUAUCAUUAGUGUUGCAAUUUGACUGCUCUCUCAUUAGAAAUCGCUUCAGAGGGGCCUGUAAGGUGUCUUAAUUUUCAAUUCAAGUUUAUGCACAUUGCCUAAUAAGCUUAAUCUUCAGUUUGCAAGUUUCAAGAGUUGUUCCCUUCGUGUUUAUCACAACAUUUGAAUAUUUGUUUGUUGUCAAUUUACUUUUGUUUUAUAUUUAUUUCAUAUUUUUUCCAGUAUGUAUUCAUUUAAGUCAAGAUUAAAGUUGCUGGGUCAGCUUAGUUGAAACAGUUCUAUAUUUAAAUACUUUUUCGUAUUUUUUUUAAUCAUGUAUGAACAAAAGAAAUAAUUAUAAGUAUGUAUUAAUUUUAUCCAGAAAAAUGAAUGUGCUAUAUCAGUUUAAUGAAUCCUCAGGAGCACAAUUUAUUAUUACAUUUAAAAUGUCUGUCGAAAGUAUUCACACGGCUGUGAAGUAAAAGAAAGAAUUGAUUUAUUGAAAAAUUAAACAUGUAAUAGCUUUAAGUAAAUCGAGAUGACUUUCAUGAAUGUCUGGGUUUAGUGAACGCCAAGAAUUAGUUUCUCCGAAUUUUAAAACUUAUUUUUAUCAAAUACCGAACGCAUUUGGAAAAUACUAAAACUCUUAGAGAACAGCUUCAAAAUAAAUUUAAACCAAUUAUAAUGAAUAUGAGAAGCAAA